CGAGCCGAGCCGAAGGAAGCCGAGUGGAGCCGAGUGGAGCCGCUCCGCGGUGCGGGCCGGCGGGCGCCGCCGGCGCUGUCCGUCAGUCCCGCUGUCCGUCUGUCCCGCAGCCCCGCGAUGCGAGAGCGAUGAGAGCAGCUCCCGCGGACGCAGCGCGGCAAUGGAGGAUGAUUUGUUCCAGCUCAGGCAGCUGCCGACUCGUGCUUCUCCUAAGACACAGAUAAUUCUUGUGAAAGCAAUGUGGAAAACUGAAUUUGGGUUCUUCCUGCAAGACAAAGCACCUGAAAUUCAAUGACACAGCAAUGUCUAAUUCAUAAUAGAUGUCAAGGGUGGUCAAGUUUCGCCGCACUGGGGAAAGUUCAAGGUCGGAUGAAGAUGUCAUUUCAGGAGAACAUGAAAUUCAGAUUGAGGGUGUUCGGACAGAGCUAGAGCCUGUUGAGCUAGAGGAUGGAGCUGCAGUGCCAAAAGAAUUUGCCAACCCAACUGAUGAUACUUUCAUGGUGGAAGAUGCGGUGGAAGCCAUUGGAUUUGGAAAGUUCCAGUGGAAGCUGUCUGUUGUUACCGGAUUAGCAUGGAUGGCAGAUGCUAUGGAAAUGAUGAUUUUAAGUAUCCUAGCUCCUCAGCUUCAUUGUGAGUGGCGAUUACCAAGCUGGCAGGUUGCAUUGCUCACAUCGGUGGUGUUUGUGGGAAUGAUGUCCAGCUCCACCCUCUGGGGAAAUAUUUCGGACCAGUAUGGGAGGAAAACAGGCCUAAAGAUCAGUGUGUUGUGGACGCUCUACUAUGGGAUCCUCAGUGGUUUUGCCCCCGUGUAUAGCUGGAUCCUGGUGCUGAGGGGCCUGGUGGGCUUUGGGAUUGGAGGAGUGCCUCAGUCGGUAACCUUAUAUGCCGAGUUCCUUCCAAUGAAAGCCAGAGCAAAAUGCAUUUUAUUAAUAGAGGUCUUUUGGGCCAUUGGGACUGUGUUUGAAGUCCUUCUAGCAGUGUUGGUGAUGCCCACUCUAGGCUGGCGGUGGCUUCUCAUUCUUUCUGCCCUCCCACUUUUGCUCUUCGCUGUCCUAUGUUUUUGGCUGCCUGAGAGCGCCAGGUAUGAUGUAUUAUCUGGAAAUCAAGAAAAAGCAAUUGCCACUUUGAAGCGGAUAGCAACAGAAAAUGGAGCUCCGAUGCCUCUGGGAAAAUUAAUUAUUUCCAGACAGGAAGACCGUGGAAAAAUGAGGGACCUUUUUACGCCCCAUUUUAGAUGGACCACAUUGUUACUCUGGUUUAUAUGGUUUUCCAAUGCUUUUUCAUAUUAUGGUUUAGUUUUAUUAACUACAGAGUUCUUCCAAGCAGGAGAUGUCUGCAGCAUAUCAAGCAGAAGACAAGAAGUUAAAGCAAAGUGUAGCCUGACCUGCGAGUACCUGACGGAGGAAGACUACACUGAUCUGCUCUGGACAACCCUGUCAGAAUUCCCUGGUGUGUUAGUAACACUAUGGAUUAUUGAUCGGAUAGGCCGCAAGAAAACCAUGGCCCUGUCCUUUCUUGUCUUCUCAUUUUGCAGUCUUCUGCUGUUUCUCUGCGUUGGACGAAAUGUUCUUACUGUGCUGCUCUUCAUUGCAAGAGCUUUUAUUUCAGGAGGAUUUCAGGCUGCUUAUGUUUACACUCCUGAGGUUUAUCCGACAGCCACGCGUGCUUUAGGCCUGGGAACAUGCAGUGGAAUGGCCAGAGUGGGAGCCCUCAUAACCCCAUUCAUUGCACAGGUGAUGUUGGAAUCUUCAGUCUAUUUAACGCUGGUGGUAUACAGUGGAUGCUGCCUCUUGGCCGCUGUGGCUUCCUGCUUCUUGCCCAUCGAAACGAAAGGUCGUGGUUUACAGGAGUCCAGCCACAGAGAAUGGGGACAGGAGAUGGUUGGGAGAGGAUCUCAUUCCCCAGGAGGCACCAAGUCAAACUCCGGAUCCCAGGAAUGAAGGGACAUGAAAACCUGAUGAAAGAAUGUAUGAUAUGAGCAAGAUCACAAAAAUUCCAACCCUGAAGCUUAGGAAGCUGACCAUACCAUCACUGCCAAUGUCAUGUGUCAAACCGCAGGAACUUUUGGGUUGAACCCAAGCAAAUUUUGUCUCUGCUGCUCUUUGCUCACUUUCGUAAAAACUUUACUUGUGUAUGGAGAGGCAUUUGAUCCAGAUAUCAUUUGAAGUUUAUCAGGAAGGGUUUUUCUUAAGUGCGUUGUGCUUGCAUGGUCAGCUAUUCAGCUUCAAGUGUCCCGUGUCAAGCAAAUAGCUAACUGAAUGCAACUCAGUAUAAGCUGUAAGUAAAAUAAUGUACUCUUGAAGCCUAAAACCAACAGAUUAAUAUUUAUUGUGUACCUGGCAUAGCACACGGUGGAUUCUAUACACUACAGAAUAGGGUUUAUGAAUUAGAUGCCUGCCUUGCACUUUUUAACCAUCAACAACAACAACAAAAUGUGAUAAUGGCAAACUGACCAAUGCUUUCUAGUUCCCUUGCUUAUGAGUUCUGUUCCUUGAGAAUUAAUGGGCACCGAUUGCUUGGAAAUGAUUUUCUGAAUGUUUCUCCCACCCAAGACAGAUAGUUUGAGUCAGUGAGGAGUGGCAUUUGUUGCAGAGAUGGAACCUUGUAUAAGAAAUGUAAAUCCUCACAGUUUGGGGCGGCAUUUGAUUUUUCUGCCAUUGCUGGAAUCAUUGAGCACUUUGCGGCUUGGUGAAGGCUGCUUCAGCUGUCCUGGUGUCUCUUUGUGUGUGGAGAUGCAUGCUGUGGUUUUCUGCAUGGAUCCAGGUAUGUUUCUGCUCAAUUUCUCUAAGUAUGUUCUCGCGAUGGUGUAGCCAAAACCUUUGAUGAAAACGCCUCGGUUUGGAUAACUGCGUGGAGCAGUUUGGAUGGAGCUGCUUUCAAAUGUCUCCCAAGAGAAGCUGCCCUCCCGACAGCAGGAUGGAACUUUUUGAUAGCUGCUGAUUGUGCAUUGACUGUAACAUCUCUCUGGUGACAAAGGAAUGUAGUUGGCACCAUGUCAUAAACGAGCAAAAGUUGUGGGAAGAGCUGAACUGCAACCAUCCUUCGAUGAGGAACUUCACUCCUUCAGAUGUUGCUCCUCAGGGCUGAUGAUCCUGCAUUUGUCGGAGAAUGGAACAGAGUCCGGUGAGGAUAAGUCUGUCUUUUUUGUCAGAAAUCUUCACUGUGCGGUAGAUUGGGUAUCAGAGUCCAUGGAUAUGCAGUGAGGGAAUGCGUAAGGAAGCUGAGACGUGUCUGUCUCAUCCAUGUCUCAGUUUAUUUUUCAGGAUUCCAGACUGGAACACACAACCAAAUGUAAGUGAGAUGGACUAAACACUAAUCACUAGGCUGUGGGAAGCAAUACAUUUUUAUAGUGUGUGUGGUCAGUCGUCUCACGUAAACAUAAGUGAGUGUGCAACAAGGUUUUGCACAGUAGAAUAUUUUAAGUCUUCUGGGAACCAGGACCCUUUUCUGUGGGGCCAGAAUAGGUCACUGAGUCCAUGUUCGGGUGCAAUACAAAUGAACACAGUUGGGGUUCAUCUUUCGCUUUGGGUUUCACAGCACUGUAGUGCAGUGUAAUGCUCCAAACCUUGUUGGGCUGUUUGUUUAUAGCACUGAAGGAACAUUAGAAGUGAAUAAUUCCUUAAAGAAACUGAGGGAACUCGGACUAACAAAAAAAGGCCAAAGAGGUUAUUGAUGUUCUGUGUGUGGGAAUCUGCUGCUGAGGAAAGUGAACAUUCGACAGGGCACCCAGUUCACAGACAGGGCUGUCACAGCGCUGACAAACAGUAUAAACUGUUUGUUUUCAUCUCCUGUUGGGCUGUGGUUGGAUCAUUCUCCCUAAUGCGCUGUGCAACCAGGGUAGCUCAGUGCUGCCUCACGGUAGAGAUGGGUGGACUUGUUUCCCUUGCACUGUCCCUCUGAUGGACAGGGUGUUGGCAGUGAGGAAGCAGUUCCUGGAUGGGUUUAGAUGAGAUAUUGGAGGGUAGAAAACCUGCUGUGCCUUUGCAUAGGAUGGAGUGUUGACCCUUUAAUGACACUUCUGGCUACCAUCUCCUUCCUCCUGCUGGUGGAAGCGCUCCAGAGCGUGCUUGUCCACACCUGAUGAGGACACAUCCAGAGACUUCCAUGACUCUCACCGUGUGGGCUCACCACUAGCUGUGUUUAGAUGCUCACCCCAAAACUAGAUGGCCUCUAGGAGAAUUCCGUGGGGUGUAAGCCUGCGUUAAGAGGUGAGAACGAAUAUACAGUGCGUUAAAUCCGUGGCCUGAUGGAAUGCCACUGUACAGCCUAGCUGCUGAGUUUUUCUCCUCUUGAGCACCUCUGGUUAACAUUCUGCUUUUCCAGUGUUAAAUGUUCACGUAUCACUUCAUUUUUUUGGAGUCAACAUUCAGCAGUUUUAAAGGACUGCGUUGCAAUGGCCUUCAAAGCGUGCAGAGUUGUAGGUAAGUAGAUAUAUCUCACAAAUUUGCACAUAUGCUUCAAAUCAAGUAUUUCCCAGGUAAGGAUUUAUAGGUAAUGCAAAACCUUUUGAUGCUGUUGAGUAGCUCAGUUUUAACCUGUGACGUUUACAGUAUUAAAAAAAAAUCAAAGGGAUUUUUGCUUUUCACUUUUUAUGAAUUCUGCAUUGAAAAUGUGUAUAUAUAUAGUGAUAGAAACGCCAAGACUGGUUCUGCUGAGACAACUUCACACUCAAGGUCUUUGAUUUAAAGACAGCGAUGCCUAAAGGGUGAU